GAGAGCGACAUCGCCUGCUCCAGAAAUGGCGAGCGGGUUGAGAGGGGGUAUCCGAAAGUAGGCCUGUAUAAAAGACAGCUCGCCCCAUCGGCGGGUUCUCGUUUCCUCCCUGCCGUCGAGUUAUGGAUCUCGUCCCGUUCGUCGUCCUGCUGUUCGCCAUACAAGGGGCGUACGGCGUUUCCAUCGUCAAGAGACAAAUAUCCACCGACAUUGAGAACGAUGCUGAACUCUGCAAAGGACGUUCUCCGUCUGAGUACUUCCGUCUGACAGCUGACGAGGAUUGCAGGGAUGUCGUUCGUUGCUCCGUCCAGGGUCUCCUUGCACUGAGAUGUCCAUCAGGUCUCGCUUUCGACAUUGAAAAGCAGACCUGUGACUGGAAGUCCAAUGUGAAGAACUGUGAACAGCUCGAAAAGCCACGACUGGUCGCUCCCUUGCUGGCCACCGACGAGCCGCUGUGUGAGUCCGGCAAGCUGGCUUGUGGUAACGGAGACUGUAUCGCCAAGGAAAUGUUCUGCAACGGCAACGCUGACUGCAGUGACGGAUCCGAUGAGAAUGCCUGUACCGUCGACAAGGAUCCUAACCGUGCCCCACCAUGUGACCAAAACCAGUGUGUGCUUCCUGACUGUUUCUGUUCCGCUGACGGCACACAGAUUCCUGGGCGCCUUGAGCCAAACACUGUCCCACAGAUGGUGACCAUCACUUUCGAUGACGCUAUCAACAACAACAACAUCGACGUCUACGAUAAGAUUUUCAAAGAAGGACGUAACAACCCCAACGGAUGUCAAAUCAAAGCCACAUUCUUCGUGUCCCACAAGUACACCAACUACUCUGCUGUCCAGGAACUUCACCGAAGAGGACACGAAAUGGCCGCCCAUUCCAUCACGCACAAGCACGUAGAGAAGUACUGGACUGAGGCCAGCUCCGAAACCUGGGCAAAGGAAAUGGCUGGCGUUCGUCUUAUUAUGGAGCGUUUUGCGAACAUCACCGAUAACUCCAUCGUUGGUGUACGUGCUCCCUACCUCCGUGUUGGUGGCAACAACCAAUUCUUUAUGAUGGAAGAGCAAGCUUUCUUAUACGACUCCACCAUAGCCGCUCCUCUUAGCAACCCUCCCCUGUGGCCCUACACUCUCUACUUCCGUAUGCCCCACAAAUGCCACGGCAACGGCCAGAAUUGUCCUAGCAGGUCCCACGCUGUCUGGGAAAUGGUGAUGAACGAGCUCGACCGUAGAGAUGACCCCACCUUCGACGAAGAAUUGGCCGGUUGCGCUAUGGUUGACAGUUGUAGCAAUAUCAUCUCAGGAGAACAGUUCUACAACUUCCUAAACCACAACCUCGACAGGCAUUACAAGACUAACAGAGCUCCACUUGGUCUCUAUUUCCACGCUGGUUGGUUGAAGCUGAAUCCAGAAUACCUGGAUGCUUUCACCCAGUGGAUUGACGAGACACUGGACAAGAACGACGUGUUCUUCGUCACCAUGACGCAGGUGCUUCAAUGGAUGCAGCAACCUACAGAGCUGUCAUCCAUUCGUGACUUCUCCUUCUGGAAGGAGAAGUGUGAUGUCAAGGGCCAGCCACUCUGCAGCUUGCCCAACGCCUGUCCUCUCACCACUCGGGAGCUUCCUGGGGAGACGAUUCGUCUUCACACCUGCGUCGAGUGCCCUCAGAAUUACCCAUGGUUGGAAGACCCUACGGGAGACUACUUUGCCUUCCGCAAGUAGACAUGUGUCUCACCAAACCUAUGAACUUUGCCUCUGCCCGUCGUUCUUUCGGGUGUCUGCUGGCCCGUUCCGCUCCGCGCCGCGCGCCGCCUUCCCCCCGCCGCCUACCCGCUUGCCGGGUUGCUGUACAAAGUGCCCUCGAAUAAAGCUGUGUUUUGAGUCAGUA